AUGGCGGCUCUACUCGGUACCGUCUUUCCGGUGACCUUCACCGGCCACAACCAGCUCCCGGCGAAAUUUCCUUCGCGACGGAGAAUUGUUGUUAAGUCCUCGACCUCCUCCGACGAACGUCAGAUUCUAUUCAACCGCAUUGCUCCCGUUUACGAUAACCUGAAUGAUCUAUUAAGCUUAGGACAACAUCGUAUCUGGAAAAACAUGUCUGUUUCCUGGAGCGGAGCGAGAAGAGGAGAUAAAGUUCUUGACUUGUGUUGUGGAAGUGGUGAUUUAGCUUUUCUCUUGUCUGAGAAAGUUGGUCCAAGUGGAAAGGUGAUGAGUUUGGAUUUCUCCUCUGAACAAUUAGCUGUUGCAGCUUCUAGACAGAAACUUAGAGGGAGGUCUUGCUACAAGUGUAUAGAGUGGAUAGAAGGUGAUGCUACUGAUUUGCCAUUUGAUGACUGUGAGUUUGAUGCUAUUACAAUGGGUUAUGGUCUUAGAAAUGUUGUUGGUAGAGAUAGAGCCAUGAGGGAGAUGUAUCGAGUUCUGAAACCAGGUUCGAGAGUGUCCAUACUUGAUUUCAAUAAGAGCGACCAAUCAGUUACUACAUUUAUGCAGGUUCUUGUUUUUCUAACUAGGAGGUGUGGCUGUUUAAUUUGUGAAUUCAUGUUUCCUAAGGCAAAUAAUUUGUUGGGUGGUUUUGGUUAUUGCAAGGAUUGGAUGAUUGACAAUGUAGUUGUCCCUGUGGCUACUCUUUAUAAUCUUGCAAAGGAGUAUGAAUAUCUGAAGUAUUCAAUCAAUGGGUACCUAACAGGAGAAGAGCUAGAGGCUCUUGCUAUGGAAGCUGGCUUCUCAAGUGCACGCCAUUAUGAGAUUAGCGGUGGUUUCAUGGGGAAUUUGGUCGCCGUGAGGUAAACGAAUAGCAUUCAACACCAACAUAAAUUCACUGUCUGUUUUGAUUUUCUUAAAAAAAAGCUCUGUUUUAGGAUGUUAAAGAUUGAUCUAUAAAUGUAGAGGAAUUGUUAUCUAUCCUUAUUUCGAUGUUAUCAAGACUUUAAAAGUCAAAUGUAUUAUGCCAUACCAUUCCACAUCUUCAUAUGAUAAACAAGUUAAUCCAAA